GUUCCACAGCAAAAAUACUCACCAAUUAAUAACUAGCCUCAUCAUCAAUAGCCUGUCCUUCCAGAAGCCCCUAUGGAUACACUAAACAACCAACCAAUUAUGGUUUCCAAAAUUGCCAUCAUCGGGGCUGGAGUGAGUGGCAUUGCCGCUGCAAAACAGCUGAGCCACCACAACCCUAUUGUUUUUGAGGCCACAGAUUCCAUUGGUGGGAUAUGGAGGCACUGUGUGUACAAUUGUACUAAGCUCCAGUCUCAGACUUGGAACUAUGAGUUCAGUGACUUCCCAUGGCCUAAGAGGGAAAGUACUGACUACCCUUCUUACUUGGAGAUUUUGGAGUACUUGGAGAACUAUGCCGAGCGUUUCGAUCUGAACAAGCUCGUGAAGUUCAACACCAAGGUGUUGGAGGUGAAGUUUAUAGGGGGACAACAGGAAGGGUCCGAUUUCGGACGCCUCCCUGGUGACCAUGGAAACCCACUUCCUGGUAAUCCUGUGUGGGAGCUUGCUGUGCAGACCAAUGGAUCAGACACCAUUCAGAAAUACCACUUCGAGUAUGUUGUGGUUUGCACUGGAAAAUAUGGUGACAUACCCUUGAAGCCAUCAUUUCCAAACAACAAAGGGCCUGAAGUGUUCCAGGGUAAGGUCCUGCAUUCCCUAGAUUACUGUAAACUUGACAAGGAAGGUACUUCAGAACUUGUCAAGGGAAAGAAGGUUGUGGUGGUCGGUUACAAAAAGUCAGCCAUUGAUCUAGCACUCGAGUGUACCCAGGCAAACCAAGGACCUGAUGGAAAACCUGUCACCAUGGUAGUAAGAAGUUUACAUUGGACACUUCCCCAUUAUCGGAUUUGGGGAGUUCCCUUUUUCUUGUUCUACGCUACAAGAUCUGCUCAAUUCCUCCAUGAAACUCCAAACCAGGGUUUACUUAGAAGCCUUCUCGGCCUCGUUCUUUCUCCAAUGAGACGUGGAAUUUCUAAGUUCAUUGAGUCCUAUUUGGCCUGGAAACUUCCUUUGGAUAAGUACGGGUUGAGGCCAGAUCACCCAUUUGAGGAGGAUUUUGCAUCUUGUCAAAUAGCUAUCACGCCAGACAAUUUCUUUAAUGAGGCUGAUAAGGGAAAAAUCAUCUUCAAAAGGGCAUCAAAGUUUUGGUUCUGGAAUGGAGGAGUUGAAUUUGAUGACAACACAAAAAUCGAUGCCGAUGUGGUGAUUCUUGCGACAGGUUUUGAUGGGAAGAAGAAGCUCAAAACUAUUUUACCAGACCCUUUCCGUAGCUUGUUGGAGUACCCUUCUGGUCUCAUGCCCUUAUACAGAGGAACUAUCCAUCCGUUGAUUCCAAACAUGGCCUUUGUGGGUUAUGUUGAGAGUGUUUCAAAUCUUUACACUUCAGAGAUGCGCUCCAUGUGGCUAGCAGGACUACUAGAUGGUAAAUUUAAGCUCCCCAAUGCUGAGAAGAUGUUGGCACAAAUAUUUAAGGACAUGGAAGUAAUGAAAAGGUCGACCAGAUUCUGGCAAAGGCAAUGCGUUACAACUUGGGGCAUUGGCCACAAUGAUGAAAUAUGCAAAGAUCUGGGUUGGAAUGCAUGGAGGAAGAAGAACUUGGUAAAGGAGGCAUUCAGCCCUUACUUCAGUGGAGACUAUAAGAAGGAAGACUGAGCAUUAAGUUUACUAAAAAGGAGGGUUGGGAAUAUUUGAAGUUUAUAACAAUUCUAUUUGUGGUUGUAUUACUAAUAUGAUGUGUUAGAAAAAAUAACUGCAUGUCUUCUGCAAAGAGAUAUAUAAGCAGUCUGUUUGGGAUUCUGUUUAACAAGGGAUGAAAAAUUGAGGAACUAGUUUUUCGUACAGUUUUUCAUAUCCCUCAAUUUUUCAAACAUUCAUGGUUGUGUUUCAAAGAAGUAGUUAUCAUUCCUUCAAUAUUAAGUCAAUGUUCUCGAGAUAAA